AUGGCCGGGCGACUGGAACGCUUCUUCAACUCAACUGCCUUCUUCUUCUUUGCCCUGCUCCUCCUUUGCCUCAUCCUCCUCACCCCAGCCGACGCCAUCUACCAAUGCUGGGAGACGAGCCGCCUCACCAACAUCUUCUUCAUCACUGGCGCGUAUGUCGUGACCUUCCUACUUGCAGUCCUCAUAUACGCGACCCGAAUUUACACCAACCGAAGCACCUUAGCCGGGAUCCCGAAGGCGUGGAUCCCCGUUGAAAAGGAAGAUGUGAGUAAGGGCGUGAGGCGACUCGUCAUGGAGGGGCUUGCCCGCAGUGCGGUCAUCUCAUACCAAGCCCGGCCACGCGAUACGUCGGAUGAAGCGGAUAGCUUCCAGAACUACAAAAGCCUUUUGAUCGACCCGGUACAUCCACCGUGGGGCCAUAUCGAGCACCCCGGCUGGUCGUCGCCCUCGUCACCAGACUUGCCUAAUCUCCCAUAUCGCACGGUCAUUCAGGAACUGCCAAACCUGAUCGAGGCAAAGGCAGUCUCACUUGCGCCCGCCGAUGCGCUAGGACCUGUCUCGCCAGAUCCUUUCCCAGAUACACGCGUGGUGGAAGUUCUGCAACGACCUGCGUCCAUGGGCUUGCGGCAAUACAUCAGACAUCUCACAUCACUUGGAGCUAUUGACCCACCCGAAUUGGGGGCGGACUUUCUAACACUUUAUGAACGGGCACGGUUUUCCUCCCAUGAGCUGCUUGAGUCGGAUUUCCGCGAUCUCAUGCAUAUUUUCGCGGAGAUCUUAAGAGGAAUGGCGUCUCUCGCCACACCCGUUCUGGACGAGAUCCGCGAUAGUGCAAGCUACCGCCGUGCAGAUAGCGAAUCGGUCAUUGGGCCUUCGGAUGAAGAAGGGGAAACAGAUACCGUCGAUCAGUAUGGAUACAAUGGUCCCUUCACACCAAUGCGGAGUAACAGUCUCCGGCCAUCUAUUGCCUCCAUUGGCUCUACCUGGGCGACUCAGUCCGGGUAUGAUACGGCUCCUGGGAUGCAGAGUCCUGCUUCGGGCCGAUCCACCGGCGGCUACUUUGUGGAAGGACUGCACACGCCGUCGACACGAUCGCUCCGACGCGUACAAUCCGUCCAGUCCGGGAGUUCGGGAGGAAGUGUCAUUCGGCUGACACGGACUGGAAGCCCGACGGAUCUGCCGUACACUAUCAACUACGGUGGUCGUAGAAACUGA